CUUGUUGUUGGCGACUGUUGUGUGCUUGUACGAAUAAAUGUUUAUUUCAAUAUUUUGUUUUGCAUUAUAAUAAAUAUAUAUGUAAUGCAUAGCAAAGUGCGAUAUAUUAAUAAGUUAAGUGAUUGUUUCACCAACAGUUACAAAGAGGAGAGCAUUUAAUUAAUGAUAGUAGAACCCCACCAUUAGUAUAAGAAUAUUUUACUAUAGCAGUUGUCUUUGGAAUAGUUGAAAAUGUCCAAAAUGUGGCCGCAAUCUCAAUAUUCACAUACAAACACACCAUACCAAACAAGUACUACAAAGACAAAUGAGCACCAGAACCAACAGAAUUUAAAAACAUUGGGGAUGACAUCUGCUAUAUCUAUGGCAGGCCCCAAACCAAUUGAUAUUGAAAAAACAAAUGAUUUGAAGGAAUCACUUGUGCCAUUUGGUGUAUUUGAAUCUGAGGCGGAAAUGCAUCAUCGUAUGGAAGUCUUGGGUUCAUUGCAUCGUCUCGUCAGACAGUGGAUACGCGAUGAAUCAUUGAGGAAGAAUAUGCCCCCGAGUGUAGCGGACACAGUGGGCGGGAAUAUCUACACAUUUGGAUCUUAUAGACUUGGGGUACAUCACAGAGGGGCGGAUAUCGACGCGUUGUGUGUAGCCCCAAGGCAUAUUGAUAGAACUGAUUACUUUCAGUCAUUCUAUGAACUACUGAAAACACAGCCACAGGUAAAGGAUUUGAGAGCUGUAGAAGAUGCAUUUGUGCCGGUAAUUAAGAUGAAUUUUGAUGGCAUAGAAAUUGAUUUACUGUUUGCUAGACUUGCCUUGAAAGAGAUACCAGAUUCUUUUGAUCUACGAGAUGAUAUGUUGCUAAAGAAUUUGGACCAGAAAUGUGUGAGAUCACUUAACGGUUGCCGCGUUACUGACGAAAUAUUGCGUCUUGUGCCAAAUAUAAAUAACUUCAGAUUGACUCUACGAGCUAUCAAGCUAUGGGCUAAGCGUCACGGUAUAUACUCUAACACACUAGGCUACCUGGGCGGUGUGUCGUGGGCCAUGUUGGUGGCGAGGACAUGUCAGUUGUAUCCGAACGCGAUGCCAGCGACGUUAGUGCAUAAGUUCUUCCUAGUGUUCAGUCAAUGGAAGUGGCCGCAGCCGGUGUUGUUGAAGCAACCGGAUGCUGUGAAUCUGGGUUUUCCGGUCUGGGAUCCACGGGUGAAUGUAUCGGAUCGUUUCCAUUUGAUGCCCAUCAUCACUCCGGCGUACCCGCAGCAGAACUCCACCUUCAACGUCUCAGCCUCAACCAGGACUGUCAUCAUGGAAGAAUUCAGACUUGGUCUAGCAAUAACAGAUGAGAUAAUGCUGAGCAAGUGCGGCUGGGAGCGUCUGUUCGAGGCUCCCAACUUCUUCUCCCGCUACAAGCACUUCAUAGUGCUGCUCGCCUCCUCCGCCUGCGACGUGGACCAGCUGCAGUGGUGUGGUCUCAUCGAGAGCCGCAUACGACAUCUUAUCACUACACUUGAGAGAAACCAGCACAUAACUAUAGCCCAUGUGAACCCGGAGUGCUAUAACUCUGUGCCUCUCAACACUAAUAAUGGACAGCCCCUAGCCUUGCCUCCAGGCGCGCCCGUGCCCACAGAUCCAGCACCUGAUCUCAAAAAGAAUGAAUUGGGGGAGGUGAUCGCUAACAACUGCUCCAUGUGGUUCAUCGGGCUGGUGUUUGAGAAGACCAACGUGAAUGUAGACCUGACGUACGACAUCUCGUCCUUCACUAAAGCGGUGCACUACCAGGCUGAGAACACUAACAUGCUACGAGACGGCAUGUCUAUUGAGGCCCGUCACGUGCGCCGCAAGCAACUGCACCAGUACCUCUCGCCGUCGCUGCUGAAGCGCGAGCGCACCAUCUCCGGCGCCAAGCGGCGGCCGCCGGAGCCCGCGCCCGCCGUGCAGCACCUGCCGCACAAGCGCACGCGCAGGCUCUCCGAGAGCAGCACGGAGGAAGUUAGCCUGUUAUCCUACAAUGAAGAUUCAAACUCAUCCAAUAUGUAUGAGGUGAACAUACAGAAUGGUACAGCACAGCCGCAGAGUGAUCAAGAACGUAAAGAGAAGAUCUCCGAGGCCCAGUCUUCAUCCAGCAGUAUCGUGUGUACGUAGCAGUAUGAACAAUGGCGUCACCGGUUCAUAUUCGGAACCAGUAACGUCAAGAAGAACAAAGUGAAACGUGCUUAAAGUGACUAAGUGAAUGUGAUUUUAAGUGUAAGUUGGUGCAUUGGAUUGCCUUUGCGGAAUUUGGUAAGUCGACUUCGGUCUUGGUUGAUUUGAAGAUUGAUAUAUUCAAUUACCUUUUGUAUUAGUGAUGCAUUUUACAGUUUUAAAACAAUUACUCUUUUCAGUUUUUGAAUUUUUCUAUGAAUCAUUUCAUAUGUCAUUUGUAAAUCUUGUAAAUAAUUUAAAAAAUCAGGUUACUUUAUUUAUGUCCUGUUUAGCAGUCAAUAUCAAAUAAAGGAUUAAUGUAAAUACAAUAAUUCACUAAUGGUUUUUGUCAUAUAAGUUUUAUGCAUCGCUAAUAUGAAAGAAUAAAUUGUAUCACUUGACUAGCAUCUCAGAUUCCAUUUUAGAGUAUGGUGAAAGAUAUUGAGGUGGUAAGGAGUUUUUUAAUAUUUCAUAUCUUAUCCUAACCACCAGCUGAUCGCAUCGAGCAACAUUAUUACGUAAGUCUAUUAGUUAGAAUAUUUCGAGAAAAAUUGCAAAAAAAAAUAUAUACAUAGUUUAUAUAAGUGUAUUUGAUAUUUUUAUCUUUCGACGGUCCUGUGUUUUUUCACCUUUAAUUGCAGGUUGGACACAAGGAACAAUGCGGCCACAAGUAAGUCUUGUUCACUUAACUCGUAGGAUGUUGUAGACCUUUACAGGGAAAUUAUUGUUUGUGUAUUUUUGUAUUUAUCCUCGUUUAUUUCGUAAGUCUUUUUAAUGAUUACAUUUAUUUAUGAUACAGAUUUUUUUAAACUAAAUUGUACAAAUACAAAUUGCCCACCCUGAAUGGUUGAUUAGUACAAAUUAUGUGACAGUCCUUUUAUAGUUUUGAAUAUAUGCUGUGGCUUAAAAUAUCAAUAUUUGAAGAUAUUACAUCCACUAUAUGUAUUUCUUCUGUUUGUUAGCUAUAUAUGUUGCCCUAAACAUAAUAUGGAAAUAACUAAAUCACUUUAAUUAUGCAAUUUAUUGUCCACUCAUAUGAGUAAAGCAUGCAUUGUACAAAAAAUGUUCAAAUCAGCUUUUCAACAGUAAGAGUGGGUUUUCACUGUUGAAAUACUUUUAUAAAAACAUCUCUUCUCUCACUUCCCUUUGAAGUAACAGAGGACUAUAUGUUACAAUACAAAUGUUUCAAUAAUGAAAUAUCAUACUAAUUAAAUGGCUCCAAUAUAGACUAUCAUUAACCACAAUAUUGCAAUUUACACCUUGAUCUGUGUAAAAGAAACAUUACGAAGGAGAAAUGUAUGUCUAUAGUAUGUUAUUGUUUACAAAAAUUUGCAUUUCAAACGAUAAUUUACGUAGGAGCCAUUAAAUUGUGUUCACAUAUGUAUAAAAUACAUUAUUGCCUUGUGGAACACUCCCUGUUUCAUAUAGGUAAUUUUACCAUUGUGCAUAAUCUUUGUUAUGUUCUUUAGAACUUACAAUGAUGCGCUACAUAAUACCUCACAAACCAAAGCAGUAAACAGGGCAAUGUAUAAGCUACAUGCAGAUUACAACAUGUUUUCUUGCUCCAAUUCAUAUUUUUAAUAAUAGUAAUUUUUUUAAUGCCUUUACUCAAUAUUACAUUAAUAAAACCUCUUGCAAUAAACAAUAACAUCCCUAACAUAUCUGAUUUCUUAGUCUAUUAUUUACUGAAGUUACCACAAGCUAAAUUAUAUAUUAUCUUAUAUUUAAAAUUCUUAGGACCUGUCCCACCAAAUUGUAAAUUGUCUGAUAACAAUCCAACAUGUAAAAUAUCGGACUUUGUCCCCUUAUCUGACAGUGACAUUUUAAAGCUAUCUGAACCUCUACCAGCUAGUUGACAGGACCUUAUUGUGUAAAAGCAAUAUGUUUUUGUAUAUGUUUCGGUAAUGAAGACUCACGAUACACGAUAUUUUACAUUAAAUAGCAUUUUAUUUUAUUACAACCUUCUUGAAGAUCAAAUGUUUUAAGGAAUACAUAAGAACAUAUAUGUAGUACAACUAAUUUGGUUGUUGCCAGGAUUACUUUUCUUUUCCUAGAUAAUUAAAGAAUGUAAAAUAGAUAUCAAACAAACCUUUUUUGAAUAAUGAUUAAGAUCAUAUGCUGGCAACCCCUGACAGCUGGAAAAUCUUGUGUAUUGAAUGUAAAUAUGAAAUCGAUUUGGCCGUGAUCAUUUCUGCGUAAGCACUGGCGUGCUACCAGUUUUUAGGAAAAAUUUAUUAUAAGUGGAAUAUAUAUUUUUCUCACAAUUUUAGUAUGAUGGAUUAAACUUAUUCAUAUUCGUAGUGCAGAAAAAUGUUGGUGUGUCUGUAAACAAAAUUUCAAACUAAGGCAAAACUUUAGAUUUAAUGCGAUCUCAUUCAAACAUGAGUUAGUGUUAUUACAAGUUAUUGUGUUAUUUUCUUAGGAUUUCAAACUAUUUCUUGUCCGCCUCUCGAUUAUUCUCGCAAAUGUAUAUUCAAGUAUAUUUAAAAUGGUUUAUGAAUAAUUAUACUUAGUAGCUUUCACUAAAAAGCUAGAUUGCAUAAAUUUUCUACAGCACAGAAAACAUGUUGACUAAACUUUGUCUUUAAAACAAGCAAUUCCACCUAGAUAUAAGACUCAAGUGUAGUUGUUGUAAGGACGUUCUAGACUUUAAGUUGUAUAUAGCAAUAGCCACUUGAUUACUAUUAUAUAUGAAGAUAUAUAUCCAGCAAAAAAUUCAUUUAAAAUUGAAAAAAAAA